UACUACGCAUCCUACGAAGUUUUUUUAUUGGCCUCCCCGCCCGACCCACUUGCACAUACUAUCUCCUCGCGGUGGUAAUUAAAGAUAUCAGUCUAAAGGUGCCGCGGCCGAUAACGGACGCAUUUAGAAGCGACCAUGGCGACCAGACACCCCCUCACGAUGACCACGUUGAACCCCAACAUCAAGAAAAUGGCCUACGCGGUGCGCGGCCCCGUCGUCACCAGGGCGUGCGAAAUCGAAGACGAGCUGAGAAAGGGGCUGAAAAAGCCAUUCGACGCGGUGGUGAAGGCGGAUAUAGGCGACGCGCACGCGAUGGGACAGACGCCCAUCACGUUUAUUCGCCAGGUGCUCGCUUUGGUCAACUACCCGCCGCUGUUAAACGAGCCGUUGUUUCCCGCUGAUGCCAAGCAGAGGGCGCGGGCGAUUCUGGGCGCUUGCAAGGCCGGUUCCGUGGGGGCGUACACGGAAUCGGCGGGUAUCGAGCUGAUCAGGCGUCACGUGGCCGAUUACAUCGAAAGGAGGGACGGAAUACCGUCGGACUGGCGAAAUAUCGUCUUGACGACAGGCGGCAGCGAGGCCAUCAGGAGCGUUCUGAGGUUGCUUUUGAGCGGCGCCGGGGACGACCCGGUGGGCGUCAUGGUGCCGGUGCCCAUGUUCCCGCUCUACUCCGUCACAUUGACCGAAUACGGCAUGCACCGAGUCGAUUAUUAUCCCGACGAGGACAACGACUGGGCUUUGGACGUGUCGGAACUUGAACGAGCCGCCCGGGAAGCGCGGAAGAUCUGCGCGCUCCGCGCCAUCGUCGUCAUAAACCCGGGGAACCCCACUGGCCAGGUGCUCACCCGGGGCAACAUCGAGGAGAUCAUCAGGUUCGCGCACCGGGAAAAACUUUUCGUCCUCGCCGACGAGGUCUACCAGCAGAACGUCUACGGCGACGGCGUCCCCUUCGUCUCCUUCAAGAAGGCGCUGUCGGGGAUGCCGUGCCGCGACGACGUGCAGAUCGCUAGCUUCAUGUCGUGCUCGAAGGGGUACGCGGGCGAGUGCGGGGCGCGGGGCGGAUACGUGGAGCUGAUCAACGUCUCCUCCGAGGUGAUGGCCGAGUACUUAAAAUCGGUAGUCGUGAAUAUGUGUCCCGCGGUCUCAGGUCAGGCCUGUCUGGAGGCCAUCGUGAACCCGCCCGCGGCUGGCGAGCCUAGCUUCGAGUCGUACCGCGAGGAGAAGGCUCGGGUGCUCGCGUCCUUGGAGCUCAAGGCCCGCAUGGUGACGGACGCGCUCUCCUCCGUCGAAGGCUUCAGCUGCAACUCGAUCCGGGGCGCGAUGUACGCGUUCCCCCGCCUCCGGCUGCCCCCGAAGGCGGCGGAGGCGGCCGCCGAACGGGGCCUCGAGCCGGACACGUUUUACGCGUUCCGGCUCCUCGAGGAGACGGGGUUGUGCGUCGUGCCCGGCAACAACUUCGGACAGAAACCGGGCACCUACCAUUUCAGGAUGACGAUCCUGCCGUCUCCGGGGGACCUGCACGCGAUGCUGCGCCGCCUCGCUAGCUUCCACGCCGAAUUCAUGCGGACGUAUUCGUAGAAAUAAAGUUUUCUUGGAGUA